UGAUCGCGAAACAGAUCGACGAUAAUGCCCAAUUCCUUGCCUGCUAAGUAGGCCGACUCUUUCUUAAACCCAAUUCAUCAAUUUUCAUUUCCUCUCUCUUUCGAUUCUCUCGCUCUCAAUCACUGGUUGAUCUUCGUUAGUUUCUUCCGUUUGCUGUUUGGUUGCUGAGAAAAUUGAUUAAUCUUGUUGGGAAAUGGAUUUCGAUAGCGUUUACAAGUGUCUAGUGGAACUCUUUCCGGAGGUUGAUCAUCGGAUGCUAAGGGCUGUAGCUCUUGAAAAUCCCAAGGAUGUUCAUGUAGCUAUUAAUGAUGUUCUCACUGAGGUUAUACCUUGUUUUCUUGGAGAAUAUCAAUUACCCCCGCAGGAUCCAAAAGAAGUUGAGAACAAAAUGCAAAUGGAUUCUUCGACAUGGGUGAAGAGGGAAAUGGAUUCUUUGAAAUCAGGUACAAUUGGUGAUGAAGCAUCUGAUGUCACUUCCCAAGGGAGUGGUGUGGCACAUCUAGAUUUCGCAUUGAAUCAAUCUGUCUCUGAAACUAGUUAUGUUGCUAGUGAUGACUUUAAGCAAUCAUGUGAGAAUACUGAAACUGCAAGCCUCGAAGCACUAGCCAGUGUACAAGAAGACCGCAGUGAUGUAGAAUUGAAUCAAGUAGCACCUGGAAAAUUAAAUGGUUUGAUUCAUGAAGAUAGUGAAUACAAUGAUCACGAACAAAGUCUUCAAAUCACCAAAAUCUUGAACCUGGUCACUGAGGAUAUCAAACAGAAUAAGACACCGUUUGAUGGGGUUAAUCAUUCUCAUAACAUUCAUGAUUUGGACGGCUGGCACGUACAUGAAUCAUACCAUGAUGAUCGACCGUUUGCUGCAGAUGAGAAUUGUGAUAGUCAGACUGCCAACCCAUCUUUUGGAAAUCAUUCUCCUGUUCAGUCUGUAAUCCAUCUUCACUCUGAAUCUGACUAUCAGAAAUCAAAUGCAAAUGGCACUUCAAAUCCUAGUCCCAAGCAAGAGUGUUCUACCGGUGAGAUGAUUGUGAUUGAAGAUGGGUUGGUGGGGCAUACCAUAGUCACACAGUCAGGCCAACCAUGUAGUAUCGAACUUCUUGAAAAGAACAUUGAGGAUGCUAAAAGUAACAAGAUAACGUUAUUUUCAGCGAUGCAAUCAGUUAUCGAUAAGAUGAAGGCAUUGGAACAUGUGGAGAAAUAUGUUGAAAAAGUCAAAGAAGACUCUGCCAAUGGAGAGUUAGAAAUUCUGGCCAAAGUGGAGGAAAUGAAGCAGAUUGUAGCCCGUACUAAGGAAGCAAAUGAUAUGCAUGCUGGAGAAGUUUAUGGAGAAAAGGCGAUUUUAGCAACGGAAACGAGGGAACUACAAUCUCGUCUGCUCAGCUUGUCUGAGGAAAGAGACAAAUCUCUUUCAAUUCUUGAUGAGAUGCAUGCCACAAUUGGAGCAAGAAUGACUGCAGUAGAGGCUGUGCUGAAAGUAAUACAGGAAGAAAACCUCGCUAAGGAAGAAUGUGCUCGAAAGGCUCUUGCCGAGCAAGAGGCCCUCAUGGAGAAGGUACUCGAGGAAUCAAGGAUACUAGAACGGGAAGCAAAGGAGAAUGCCAAGUUGCGGGAGUUUCUAAUCCAUCAUGGGCAAUUAGUUGAUAUAUUACAGGGAGAAAUUUCAGUUAUUGUUCAAGACGUGAGGCAUCUGAAGGAGAAGUUCGACUUGGAUGUACCAUUAAGCAAAUCUCUUUCCUCUAGUCAAACAAGCUGCAUUCUAGCUUCAUCAGGUUCAUCUCUAAAAAGCGCAGCAAGCGAUUUGACACGUUUUUGCUCACCCUUAACAGACACAGCAUCUCAUCUGGAUGCUGAGAAAGGUUCGUCCUCAAAUCUCGAUAAGGAAGGAAGCCGAGCAUCCUCGUUCAUUAGCUCCAAAUCUAGCAUGUCAUCAAACAAUCUUAAAGAAGAAAGAUCAGAAAGAAACCAUUUGAAAGCAUGCUCAGAUGAUGGGUGGGAUGUAUUUGACAAAGAUGCUGAGUUUGCUGAUGCUCCACAUUUGGUGGAUGCAAAAGAGCGAAGUUUGAGGGAGUUUUGAAGAGUCCAGAAGUGAAGAUAUGUUAGGUUAGCCACUUGCUUUUAAGUUUUAUAUUCUUUUUCUGCUUCAGUUUUAAGUAGAAUUUUGGUACUUAGAAGGCAAAAUAAAUUAAGUCUCAAGUCUUUAGAUAUAUUGUUUAUAUUAGUUUUGGUACAGUCUACAAAGCAAUGGAUUGGAUAUUCGCUGCUCUUUGGAUCAUAAAUUUAGUGAUUAUAGAACCAGUUUGGAUUGUGUUUCUGUACUGACAUUUUGGUUAUUCAAUUUCAACUUGGAUUCCCCAUUUUGAUAUG